GCGUCACUGAUCCUCAGCAGUCCAACUGUGGCAUUGUGGCUCUUGCAGGACUCUGUGAGAACACUGCAAACUGCUCUGAUCCCAGAGGACAUAUUUAAAUGGACAAGACAGAAGUUUGUUCUUGAAACUAUUUUCCCACUCACAUUUCCUGGAUUCUUAACAGCUCUGAAGCUCUGUGAACAACUUAUUGUUUCAGCUUUUAGGACAGUUUGGAUACUUUUUUUGGGUGAACAUGCUGCUGUUGUCUACACCAGAAGGAUUUCCUGAAACAAUCACAGCUUUGGAAACAUGGAAAGAAACUUUUGCCUUUGGAGCACAGCGGAACAAGAAAUUCAGGGUGUGAAAUGUAAGCAGAGAAGGAAGACAUCACACUAUGAUGCUUGUUAGGAAACCACAUUGUCUUUUUGUUAACUUGGACUUCAAAAACGCACCAUAAACUUCCUGCAACUGAGUUGAGACAGUGAAUUAUGGAAAGCUUCCUAAGCGCAUCAAAUGCGACAAACACAACAACAGCACCUUACCAUCCUGCUCUGGGACCCUGGAGCCUCAUCAUUCUAGUCCCCAUCAUUCUGACCAUAGUGGUGGGAAACCUGCUGGUCAUCAUCGCUGUAACUCGAACAUCACAGCUACAGACCACAACAAACAUUUUCAUUAUGUCGCUGGCGUGUGCAGACCUCAUCAUGGGGGUCCUGGUGGUGCCUCUGGGGGCCACGAUAGUGAUGACGGGAAACUGGCAGCUCAGUGAAACAUGCUGUGAUGUGUGGACUUCUGUGGAUGUCCUGUGUGUGACGGCAAGCAUUGAAACUCUCUGCGUCAUAGCUGUGGAUCGGUACAUAGCCAUUACAAGGCCGCUGCGACACAAAGUCCUUCUAAAUAAGCGGCGUUCAAGAGUCAUAGUUUGUUUAGUCUGGGUUGUGUCUGCCUUAAUUUCUUUUGUACCAAUUAUGAAAGGUUACUGGCGUGAUGAUGACGAUGAAGCAGCGAAAAACUGCUACGAUGACCCAAAGUGUUGUGAUUUUGUCACCAACAGGGCCUUUGCGAUUGUCUCCUCCACUGUUUCAUUUUACAUUCCUCUGCUCAUUAUGAUAUUUGUGUAUGCUAAAGUCUUUCUAAUAGCCAACCGGCAAGUCCAGCUAAUUGAUAAAAAUCGAAUGCGUUUCCAGAAUGAAUGUCCGUCAACACGGAUACAGAUUUCCCCCCAGAUCAACAACAUCCUACCAUCAACGUGUGUGGGGUCAAACAACAGCAACAGUGCAGAGCGGAGGAAGAGCUCCAAGCGGAGGCCGUCACGGCUGAUGCUCGUCAAAGAGCACAAGGCGCUCAAAACUCUGGGGAUCAUCAUGGGGACCUUCACCGUGUGCUGGCUGCCCUUCUUUGUCGCCAACAUCAUCAACGCGUUUGACAAGAGCAUCCCCUCAGAGAGGAUCUUCAGACUGCUUAACUGGCUCGGAUACGUCAACUCCGGCCUCAAUCCUAUCAUCUACUGCAGGAGUCCGGAGUUUCGCACAGCAUUUAAGAACCUGCUGGGCUGCCCGUGGCUGUCCACCCUUCAGCUAAAUUCUUUCUACAAAGAGCUGAGGACUCGCUGUUCGUGCUUUCUGUGGCAGGCUGACUCAGGCUCUGCCGGCUCUUUCCAGAAAACUCAGACAAGUGUGAUGGAGGGCAACGAGAGCCUGACAAGCACUCAGGGAAGCAGCAAAAGUGAGGAGGUGUCGUCUGGUCACCUGCAGUCCAACGGUAGUGCACAGUUAAGUGACUCGUCAGAACCAGAAACCACAAUCUUCACACUGCAGGAGAAGGACGGAUGAACUGUAAAACACAGAGCUACUGAAACAAACUGUGCUCUCCAGCUGUAACUGUGAUUCCUUAGAAGUGAGAUAAAGAGGAUAGCCAUCACUCCAGAGAGAAGUUAAAUCCAGAGAGCACAGCUGGACGGACUGCAGAGACAGAGCUGACUUUGUCCUUACAGAGUGGAGAAGAGACGGACAGCUGAAACGAGACACUGUUAUUCAAAAAAGGCUCUAACAUCCUGAAUAAACUUAGACGCAAGUGUGGAUGCAUUCCAGUAAAACUUCAGACACAUUGUAUGUGGCCUUUGGUUUAAAAUAUGAGUUUUGUUGUCAGGUAAGUUAUCUAUUUAUGAUACACUGAAUCUGUAGCAAAGUACAAACAUCGUCUGACUUACUACAAGGCAGGGCUGUCUUCAUCGUCCAAAUCACAGACAUUACCAAAAGCUGUCUUUUCAAGUUGUCAGUUCUGGUGUUUAUUUUGAUCCUUAGCAGUCUUUCUGUUUUAAGCCAGGACUCUGGAUCUGCACAAUGCUGCUCAAACUUCCAUGUUUAUCAAGUUUUACCUUGGCUAAUGAAAAUGUCUAUUUCAUAUUUGGCUGGCUGAUGAAAUCUUUUAACAGGACACUCAACAAUCCUGAAAACAAUUAACAUGAAAUAUAAAUCAUUGUUAAUCAUGCAGUUAUAAAAACUGCAGGUCACUUAAGAAAAAAACAGCCUCAGCCAGAUGUUUCCACUGAGCUCUUUCACCUUAAUUUUAACAUUUGGCAGAUGGUAAAGGAGCUAGAUUAAACUACGUCAAUAAAUGAAAAUUCUAAAUUUAUAACUAUGGACUUAAAAAGAUGAAACAUCACUUAUAGGCAGUCCAUCAAUGUGUUAUAUUGAAACACUGUUGUGCUUUAUUUCAUACAUCAUCUGUUGCUUUGUUAAAUAAAAAUAAUAACUGUGUAGUAUGUUUCAGGUGUGCUCUGUGUGAAAACUCACUCCCUCAAUUAUAUAAAAACAACUUUUCAGUUUCAGUUUGUGACAUUUUGUUUUUUUUUACUUCCAAACCUAUUAGGACAAUUUGGUUGCAUUUUCGAAAUGUUCAGGCAGUAGUUUCAUGUAGUUUUAUGGUACUGUGCUUUCUUGAGUAUGAUGUCCUGAGGGUGCAGAUGGCCUAGUGGUUAAAGGUGUGCCUCAUGUACGCGGGCUGCCAGGGUUCAAGUCUGGCCUGUGGCACUGUUUCUCGCAUGUCUCUCCCAGCUCUCUCAACCCUGUUUCUGAUUCUAGCCACUGUCCUCCU